GUGGCAACCAUGGAAGAUGCUGUCGUUUUUAAAGUAUCUUUCACGUUUCCAAACAAAGAAAAGUAUGAAGGGGAGUGCAAAAAGACACCUGAGGGUUUGUUGCAAAGGAAUGGGCUUGGAGUUCAUACCAGUGCCAACGGAAUGACGUACAUUGGUAGCUGGUUAAAUGACAAGAUGAAUGGUACUGGAAGGCUAGAACAUCCUUCUGGGGCUGUUUAUGAAGGCGAGUUCAAAGACAACAUGUAUCACGGGGCAGGAACCUACACAUUUCCAAAUGGAGCAAAGUACAUCGGACCAUUCAAUGAAAACAAGAUGGAAGGUGAAGGAGACUUCGUAGAUGAAAAUGGAGUGGUGUGGACCGGCACAUUCAAUGGCACAAAAGCAGCAGGACUGAAGCAUAAGCUAAAAAUGUAGCUGUUUGGCACUGCCAAAAGCAGCCCCAUUUGAUCUCACUCCAGGUUCAACAGCUGUCAUUGAUUUCUUCACGUAUUUAUUAAAAACAAUGCCUUAGGUCACUGGUCAAUAACAGAAAGUUACUUUCCUUUGCAAAUUGAUCGGCUGAAGUAAACAGAGGGAUGGGGUUGAAUAGGUUAAAUUUAGAAGUAGAGCAGUUAAUGACUGGAAUGUUUAUUUUAUUUUAACUUGACCUAGCAAUUUCCUUCUUGCUGGAUUUCAAAAGAACACGUACCAGCAAACUAAUCCUAACUUAUGCUCAACUUCUCUACUUUUUCCCCGGAAAACAAACCUGCCAACC